AUGGCGGUGUGGACGCGCGCGGGCAAGGCGGGCGCGGUGGAGGUGCUGCUGCGCGAGGGCUGGGUGCGGGCGCUGGCCGAGCUGAGCGGGGAGGCGCUCACCCUCCUCGCCGAGCCGCCCAACGGGCUGCCCGACGGCGCCCAGCGCGGCGGGCGGGCUGGGGCGGCGGCGGCGGGGGCGGCGGGGAGCCCCGUCGGGGGCCGCAGCGCGGAGCCGCCCGCCUCGCCGCCGUGCUCUCCCGGGCGGGCUCCGUGCGGCUCGCCGCCCGCCUCUCCGCCGCGGGGCGGGGUGCGUCGGGUGCGGGUGGUGAAGGCGGAGGCGGGCGGGCUGGGCAUCAGCAUCAAGGGCGGCCGCGAGAACCGCAUGCCCGUCCUCAUCUCGCGCAUCUUCCCCGGGCUGGCGGCCGAGCGCUGCGGCGCCCUCCGCCUGGGGGACGCCAUCCUCGCCGUCAACGGCGUCGACCUCCGCGACGCCACCCACGACCAGGCCGUGCAGGCGCUCAAGCGGGCCGGCAGGGAGGUCCUCCUCGAAGUGAAAUACAUGCGGGAGGCGACCCCCUACAUCAAGAAGCUGUCGCUGGUCUCAGACUUGCCGUGGGAUGGGGUUGCUCCCCAGUCCCCCAGCCUCAGCGGCAGCGAGGAUUCUGGCUCCCCAAAACACCACAGCCCGGCCAAGGACCGCAAGGUGAUCCCCUUGAAAAUGUGCUACGCUGCCAGGAACCUGAGCAUGCCGGAUCUGGAGAACAGGUUGAUAGAGCUGCAUUCCCCCGACAGCCGGAACACCCUGAUCCUGCGCUGCAAGGACUCAGCCACGGCGCACUCCUGGUUCACGGCCAUCCAAAACAACAUCGUGGCUCUCCUCCCGCAGGUCCUGGCCGAGCUCAACGCCAUGCUGGCCGACGGCAACACCCCGGGGAGCAGCAAGGAGGUCAAGCAUGUGGCUUGGCUGGCUGAGCAGGCCAGGCUAGAUGGAGGAAGGCAGCUGUGGCGGCCGGUUCUCAUGGCUGUGACGGAGAAGGACUUGCUGCUGUACGAUUGUGUGCCAUGGACCAGGGACGCCUGGGCAGCCCCCUGCCACAGCUAUGCCCUUCUUGCCACCAGGCUAGUCCACUCCGGCGCUGAACGCAGGUCUCCCUGCAUGGGAUCUGACCUCACGUUUGCCACGAGGACAGGAACUCGCCAGGGCAUCGAGAUGCACGUGUUCCGGGCAGAGACGCACCGAGAUCUCUCCUCCUGGACCCGAAUCCUGGUCCAAGGCUGCCACUCGGCUGCAGAGCUGAUCAAAGAGGUGUCUUUAGGCUGCAUGUUGAAUGGGCAGGCGGUCCGCCUCCAAAUCCACUACGAAAAUGGCUUCACCAUCUCCAGAGAGGAGGGAGGCUCUGCCAGCGCCCUUUUCCGCUACCCAUUUGAGAAGCUAAAAAUGUCUGCAGACGACAGCAUCAGGAACCUCUACUUGGAUUUCGGGGGUCCGGAGGGGGAGCUGACGCUGGAGCUGCACUCCUGCCCCAAGCCCAUCGUGUUCGUCCUGCACACGUUCUUGUCAGCCAAAGUAACCCGCAUGGGGCUGCUGGCGUAGCGGCCGAAGGUCCCC